GUCCAGACAGGGGGCACUCAUUACCCGGCAGGCACUUUACCCGUGUUUUAAAGCAAGAUGGCAGCUGUUGUUGAGAAUGUUGUCAAACUAUUGGGAGAGCAGUACUACAGAGAUGCCUUGGAGCAGUGUCACAACUACAACGCCAGGCUGUGCGCUGAGAGAAGCGUUCGGAUGCCGUUCCUGGACUCUCAGACCGGCGUGGCUCAGAGCAACUGCUACAUCUGGAUGGAGAAGAGACACCGGGGCCCUGGCAUGGCUCCGGGUCAGCUCUACACGUACCCAGCCAGGAGGUGGAGGAAGAAACGGAGAUCUCAUCCUCCAGAAGACCCGCGCCUCAUCUUCCCUCCUGUCAAGUCAGAAUUAGAUUUGGGGUUGAAGAAGGACGUCCUGCUGUCGUCGGAUGGCAGCAGCUUGGAGGCCUUGCUGAAGGGGGAACCUCUGGACAAACGGACCCCGGCUGACAUCCGGGGGUCAGAAGAAGACUCCAAUCAGAGCGACUACACCGGCAGCCUGAACUCCUCCACCCGGAUUAGAAAGAGAAUCCUCGAGCCAGACGACUUCCUGGAUGACCUGGACGACGAAGACUACGAGGAAGACACGCCUAAAAGAAGAGGCAAAGGGAAAGGGAAGGGUCGAGGAGUGGGUAGCGGCAGGAAGAAGCUGGACACGGCAGCGUUGGAGGACAGGGACAAACCCUACGCCUGUGACAACACUAUCAAACAAAAGCACAUUUCAAAACCUUCUGAAAGAGUCUGUGGGAAGCGCUACAAGAACCGCCCAGGCCUGAGCUACCACUACGCCCACUCGCACCUGGCGGAGGAGGAGGGCGAGGAGAAGGACGACCUGGAGAUGAACGAGCCGACCCUCCCGCUGCCCGAGGAGCCAAAAACAGCUCCCAAAAAAGGCCCAGAUGGUCUUGCAUUACCUAAUAACUACUGCGAUUUCUGCUUGGGAGACUCCAAAACCAAUCACAAGACGGGCCAAUCAGAAGAGCUGGUGUCCUGCUCGGACUGUGGACGCUCUGGCCACCCCUCCUGCCUGCAGUUUACUCCUGUAAUGAUGGCUGCUGUGAAGACGUAUCGCUGGCAGUGCAUAGAGUGCAAAUGCUGCAACAUGUGCGGUACCUCUGAAAAUGAUGAUCAGCUUCUCUUCUGUGAUGACUGCGAUAGAGGCUAUCACAUGUACUGUCUCAACCCGCCGAUGUCUGAACCUCCAGAAGGGAGCUGGAGCUGCCAUUUAUGUCUGGACCUUCUGAAAGACAAGGCGUCCAUAUACCAGAAUCAGAACGCACCUACGUCGUGAUGGCCGCGCCGUCACCCAACCGUCCUGCAGCAUUACGGUGAACCCCUCAAGGUACACAAUGACCUCCUCCCUCCCCUUCACCGGGUGUCGGCGUGGGGGGUGGAGUGUGCUCUGGAAACAGGAGGAACGCCUGAUCAGACUGGCCUCAAUUAGCACCAGAUUAUGACUGUUACACAGUUCCGGCCUUAGAUCCAGUCUAGUGGGUUUUAUUUUCAUCCACUCGCCACAUUUAGCCAGUUUGGCAUCGUUUGUUUCAGAGACCCGUCAUAAACGGCCAAACUUCCACUUUGCGUUCAGCUUUUAUACCUAAAGUUGCUAAAGCUUCGUCUCUGUCCUGUAAUGUACUGAUUUUAUGGAGUUUAAAAAGCUUGAUCAUAGUGAAAAACAAGUACAUUUUAUAAUAUUUAUAUAUUUCUAUGGUAAAGAUUAUUAUGUAUGUAAAGCUUUGGGGAAAAAGGAAUGAUUGUGUUUAAUAUUAGCUGUCAUAUUAGGAGAAAGGCCACAACCACAUGAUUUUUGUGGCACCGCUAAACGUUUUGAGCCACCUGAUGCGGUCAAAGGGAUUUACUUCGACAGUAAAGGGUUCAACGUCUUCACAAUAAAAACAAACAGGAAACAGGAAGUAUAAAUAGAAUCCCUCUGAUGCUUAUCAGCGUGGCUCCACAGGCUGCACCGCUUCAAAGAUGGCAGGUUGGACCUUUAUCUCUCGGGUCAAUCUUGGCAUGGCGUUGGCUUAUCGAGCUGCACUCGUCGUCAUGGUGACGCACUGAUGUGCAUGCUUCACAUUGUCAUAAUUUUGUGAUUUGGUGACUUGUUUCAAAACUUUUUCCACCUUUUGUGACAUAUUUUGUACUAUUUAAAAAACAAAUCUGUUUCGAAAGGUUAAAGAGUAAAAAUAGUAGCAAUAACUUGUCUGCAUGAAUGCACACCCUUUGACCUUUUGCUCCAGUUUUAAUAUCAAAUUUUGUGUGUACAUCGAACAUCAGUUAAGUCUGAAUUUGGUCUAAACGACCACUAAGCUUUUCCUUUCAAAGAAAAUGACCUACCUCCAUGUGGGAGAAUGUUUUGGUCUGAUGAGUCACGUUUCUAAACGGAAGGUUUGGACCAAACACUGAGGAUUCUUAGAAAAUUACAAUCUCAUAAACACCAGUUCCAUUUUGACCACAGACCUUCUUGAUGUCUGAUUAAUGGCUUCCUCUCAAUCUCAUAUAUUUGGAGAAUGUUUGGCGAGUCAAGAUGUUUUUACUCCUACUGAAGAAGUCUGAAGGUAGAUCAAAUGGUAUUUAGUUGCAGAGUGUGCAAACUGUUGUAACCAGGUUUUCUAAAUUCAGUUGAACUCUGCAGGAUUCCCGUCACAUUUAGAGGGGAAAAUGUUCAUGGUCUCAUAUUUUAAUGUCACAAAAACCUGUCAUUGUGACUAGGCUGUGUUAACACUGCAGCCUGAAGUGACCCAAUUCCGAUUUUCUUUUUUUUUUUUUUUUUGCCGUAAUCCGACCUGCAUCUGAUCUUUUCAUGACAGUCUGAACAAUACAAGUCUGAUGUUUUUAGAGUGCCACCCAGGCCGAUACGUAUCCGAUUCAAAUGUGACCUAACCUCCAGGUCGCAUUCAUCUGACUUGUGUCACUGAUACUCGACAAACGUCACUAUUCUGCGUCCUGAUACGCCCAAGUGGGAAGACAAACAGCAACCACGUUAAUAUGCUGCUCUGGUCGGACAACAACUUCAAAUGUGUAAGCUAUGCUCCACCGUUAGCAUCCAUGUUUACUACCGCAAACACUGAGAACGCUGACGCUAUUGCGCCCUCUACUGCUCAUGCGGGGCACUUGUAGAUCGUUUGCCGUUCACAUUGGAGAUCACAUACAGGUCACACAUAUUUAGAAGUGUGAACGGCCAUGGCAAAAAAAAAAAAUCCUGAAUAGACAAAAAAUCGGAAUUGGGUCACUUCAGGCUGCAGUGUGAACGCAGCCUAGGUUGUGUAAAUUUUCGGGAGCCACUGUCUUGUCUGUCCUUAACUACGGGACUCCACCUGAGGACUGCACCAAACAUACCCAGAAUGCCAUGCUCUGGUUAUAAUCAUGACAAAAUCUAAACCCUGUUGUUGUCAGCAGCCUAAUAAAGGGAAUAUCGCUGUGUUCUAGCAGUUUGCUCAUCAUUUGCCACAUCUGGUGCCGAAUGUUGAGGUUGUUUGGAUGCUGGGAGGACAGGGACUUGUAGCAGCCAGCUUGACGGAUAAUGUGCGAUACUGUAACUUUUUCCUAGCAGAAGAUGUUAUCACACAAACUGUUUGGCCCCAGAUAUGUAAGUGGUUCUAUAUUAUAGAGGAGUUAUGUGUAUGUUUAGUCCCGGAGAGGCUGCUGUUCUUGUCUUAGUUUUUCUAAAUGUGGCUGAAAAGCAGAAGCAGUUCCUUUACCUCAAACAGAAUCAGUAUUUAAAGAAUCGAACCAUGAUGUAGAUAAGUCAGAAGAGUCAAAGUAACGGUGAUUACAGCUGCAGGUUCUGCGUUAUUAUUCAGCUGCAUGUUCACUUCAUAUAGUCGUCUCAGAGCUAAGUCGGUACACGUGUCUGGGGAAGCGGUGUAAAAUAAUGUAACCAUGUUAUGUCUUUUCAAUGGCCAACUAACAAUAACUAAAGCAUUACACCAGUAUGAUUUGGUUUACUUUCCUAUAAUUUACUGCUUUAUCUAUAGAGUGGUUAGUAAACUGUUUAUCUGCUCUUUUUGUGUCCAUCAUCAGUGAUGUUUAGGAUUCAGUAAUUUUUUUUUUUGUUAAUCCUGUGAUCCAGAUCUCAGCUGAAGCCUCUUUCUUCCAAAGCUCAAAGCAAAACUUCUUGUGAUUACAAUGAAGAGACGAGGAAAUUCGCAUUAAUGGGGACAUUUCUCACCUUAUUUUAUUUCACAUUACAACCGCUAUGUAAUUAUUAUUAGAUUAUGCUUCUGUUUUUGCAUUGGGAGAGAAUUGUUUGUUACAUAAUAUUUAAAUCAAAAUCAUAGGUUUACAGAUUAGGGGAAUUUUCUUUGGGUGGACUUUUAUUUGAAUUGUGAUGGAAUGUUUUAUUGUAAAAAAAAAAUAAUAAAUACUGAGCUCUAUAA